UAACACAACAUAUUUUCUUAAUUCAGAACUUCAGAAAUUACAAAUUAUACUUUGUAAAUAUAUCUCUUUUGCGUCAACCCUAAAGCAUAUAUAAAUAAUAGUAGAAUUCAAAUUUAGCAAUGAAUCAAGAGUUAAAUGAAUUGUGCCACUUAUUAUUCCCCAAUUCCACGUUAGAAAAUGCAGACUACUUUUCCGAUAUAUCCGAGUAUAUUAGGAAAAUGGGUUCUCAGAAUUGGGAACAAAUAUUAAAAGAGCCGGAACGCUUGAGUGAUGAAAUGCGACAUUUGACUGAGCAGACUCAAGAGUUGGCUUUUACGAACUAUAAAACUUUUGUCGAGACGGCUGAGAUAUCUAGAACUAUAAGAAAAGACCUGGACAAGUCAAAAGACUCUCUUGAUACUUUUUUAGAAACAUCUCAAUUUGUUGAAGAAUGUGAAAAUUUCUCACGGAUAGCAAAUGAUAUUGUUCAAGAUAAAAAGCAAUACAGUAAUGUUAGAAACCAGAGUGAUAAACUACUGGAACUGCUGGAGUUACCUGCUCUUAUGAGGGAAGCAUUAAACUCUGAAGACUAUGAAAGUGCACUAGAUAUUUUCACUUUUGUACGCAAUUUAUCUAAAAGAUAUUCUAAAAUACCUAUAGUACAGAACACAACAUCUGAAAUUAUGACCUUAUGGUAUGAAACAUUGUAUCAUUUAUUUAAUCAACUCCAUUAUGACCUACCACUGCCACAAUGUUUACAAAUACUUGGAUAUUUACGUAGAGCAUACAUAGUGUUUAAAUCAACUGAAGAAGAUAAUUAUUCAGCUGUAAGCAAAAAUGCAGCAUCAGAUGGUUUACACCUACAUUUUCUUAAAGCCAGAAAUGCAUGGUUUGAAAAAGCUCUUGAAGAUGCUAAAACAACUGAAACACCUGAGAGAUAUCUGAGGAGGAUUGUGGAGUUACACAGGAUACAUCUUUUUAAUGUAUUAACACAACAUAAGUCAAUUUUUUUGUCAGAUUCUCAAGAGUCUAAAGUAAGGGAUGAUGAGCUAAGUGGCACUAGUGCAUUGUCUUGUUGGUUAAAGCAAAAGGUCGAACAAUUAGCAAAAACAUCGAACCAAAAUAUUUAUAAAGAAGAUGAGUCAAGUUUUGAAUCCCUUUUGAAUCAGUGCAUGUAUUUAUGUUUAUCAUUUGGUAGAGUUGGAGCUGAUUUAAGAUGUGUAUUAACGCCACUAUUCAGGAAGAGUGUUGUUUCACAAUUCACAUGUGGCUUGGAAAAAGUUGAUUUCAAUUUUGAACUGCAGAUGAAGUCAUACAAAGUGGCAAGUAUUAAAAAUAUUGCAAGACCAAUAAAUGAAAACAUGCAGUCUGGCCCCCCUGAAAUUUUGCUAGAUUACUAUCCAUUAGCUGAAUACUGUAACGGAUUGUUGAAUAUUCUCAAUUCAAUCAGAGUAACAGCUCCCUUAAAUAUAGUCAAGGAUGUGUAUAAUGCAUUUAAAAAAUCACUUGAAAAAGCUGUUCAAAUUCUUAUUGAAUUUUACCAUAGAGAACAGCAGACAUUCACUGACAUUGAAAGACAGAAUUAUAUGUCAUUUUGUGCCUGCUUUACUGAAGAUUUAGUUCCCUAUAUUUCAAAAUGUUUGUCAACUUCAUUUCCACCAUCUGCAAUAGCUGAAUUGCUUGGUGUUACACUUACUGUUCUUCAGGAAAGUAAAAUAUUGCAUUUAGAUCAAGAUAAACUAUCUCAACCUUUAAGUGGGAUUACAAUCACUGCAAUGUAAUAAAUAUAUU